AGUGACUCAGGCUGAAGCUCGUGUCCUCUCAACUGUCAUGAAGGUCUCACUUGCCCUCCUGUGCCUGCUGGUCACAGCUUCCACCCUCAUCACCCAGCUCCUCGCUGGGCCAGAUGGAAUUCCUUCCACGGGCGCCUGCUGCUACUCCUUCACUGGUAGAAAGAUCCCGCUGCAGAGGCUGGUGAACUAUAAAACCACCAGCAGCAGGUGCUUCAAAGAAGCUGUGAUCUUCAAAACCAAAGGAACCAAGGAAAUUUGUGCUGAUCCCAAGGUCAAAUGGGUUCAGAAUGCCAUGAAGGAUCUGGACAAAAUAAACAAAGCUCCAAAACUUGGAGCACUUACUCCAAAGCCAGAAUUACUCUCUGCAGAGCCUAAAGGACUUACUCAAAAGCCUGGAACUCUCUCUACAACACCUGGAACACCCGUUCCAACACCUCACAUACUCACUCCCAAUGCAAUCAUCAAAAGCUAAUUUUCUUCUAGUUUCUCUUAUUGCCCUUUGAUAGUAUUGUUAUAUACAACCUCAAAGAGUAUAAACUUUGUGUAUUUUUUGAAACACAAUACCUUGAAAAAUGUUAAUAGCAUUUAAGUUAUUGACACUUUGAAUGUAUAGUUUCCAUGACUACUCGUGUUUUGUUUGAUGUUUUUUGUAUAGAGACUUUACUUUCCAGCAUGGAUCCCAAUUCUAUCCUGUGGUUGUAUGAGACCUUGUGACAGGCAUUAAUACAUUUUGAAUUUAAAGGCAUUAUUUAAAAUGCGAUCAUAAAAAUAUGUAUUAUUAUGUAACAA